AAAUGUCACAAAGUAUCCAGUUACACAAACACAUACUGUGUCACAUCUCUGUCACUGUCAAACUGUUAGGAAGGAAAACUGGGCCAGUUUGCCUUAUCUUAACAGGUCACAAAUUUAACCAACCUCUCUCAAAGUUAAUUUUUCUGGACGUUUUGGAUUUUCUACACAAUUUAAGACGAAGUACUUUUGAGGUUGGUAUGCAGUCUGAAGUCCACACUCUUCUGUUUACAUGCGACCUCCACCCACCAGAAAUUCCAUCUUGGAGCGAAAAUAUUUAGCGAGGCGGGAGGAGAUGCAAAGACGAUCAUGAUUGGUCUAUCCCAAAUGUAACAGAUGACCAAGCAGAGAAAAAAACGAAGAAUUACUGACACAAAGACCACAAAAAUAGUCUGAAAUAGAGAUGUCUUCCAUUUCUCAUCUAAUGCAGGAUACUGAACAACUUUGGAAAAUAACACAAGGAGGUAAACAUGAACUCGAGUUCCUUAAGACAAAAGUAAGGAAGCAGCAACAUGACAUUGAAAGACUAAAAGAUGAAAAACAUGACCAGGACCUCCUUGUAAGAACUUUAAGAUUACAAAUGAAACAUUAUACUCAGAAACUUGAGAUGAGCAAAAAGACAGCCAUGAAAGAACAAAUGCUUCUUCAGAAAAUAUUGACUUUCAUCAACAAAGAGACGCAAAUUUUGGGGGGACAACAUAAUGAGAUUAAAACUAAACACAAUUUAGAAUUGAUUAAUUUUUUAAAGUCAAAAUCAGAGGAACACAAGGAAGGCCUCACUGAACAUAAACACCAGAUAAAGCAGCAGGUGACCGGUGGCUGUAUUCAAAGCCUGAUGACUAAAAACUGGAAAACAAUUAUUGGCGCAAAGUACGCCAAGGAAUACAUGCAGAAAAGCAUGACACAUUUGAACCAAGAGUUAAACAGAAAUGGAAAAGAAGUUUUACAAUUUAAACAUGAAAUUAAGUGCAUCACUAACGUGAUGACUGUCAUUGUCAAGCAUAUUGAGAAAAUUUGGCCUCAAAUGCAAAGACAUACUAAAAUACAAAAAGCUGCAUCCACAGGAAUUAAACUAAAAGAAAUUGUAGAAAAAUACAGCGUGCUGGAAAACAAUGGACAACAACUGGGGGAUAUUAUAAAACAUACAGUAAAUACAAGAAAGCAUAUGGAAGAAGACAAGAUCACACUGUACCCAAAGAACAAAGUUAAUGCUAAAAUACACAAAAUAUUUCUUGAAGAAAAAAGACUUAGAAAGCACUUGGCAAGAAGAUUGAAUGCUAAAGAAUUCACAAAAAGAAAAAUUAAAUGCAUGAGAUAUCAAGUAAAAAAAAAACAUCAAGAACUUGACCAGCGACUACAAAGAACCAUGAAAGAGAGGGAUGAAUUAGAAAUCCUCAAGCUAAAGUUGCAAAAGCAAAGAGAUGAGCUUGAGGAAAAACAGAAUGAUUUGAUGCAAACAAUGGAGACAAUGGCUAAACACUGCUGUAGAGGUGCACAACACGUGCAAGUGCACGUCAAUGAGAUGACGAGAAUGAAGUCUGUUAAGAGGGUAAGUCUAUCUGUCUGUCUUUCUGUCUGUCUGUCCAUCUAUCAAUCAUUUCAUUAUCAUUUUAUCUAUUGUAUUUAUUUAUUAUUUAUUCAGAGUUUUCAAUGACAUCCUCCUCGCAAUGAUUCUGAGGACUACCUGUAUGUGUGUCUUGUGCGGCAUUUGAUACGGUUGACCGCAAUAUCUUAGUAGCUCGGUUACAGCCCCAUUUGGCCAUUAGUGGUAGUGCUCCUGAUUUGUUUAAAUCCUUAUCUUGGCACGCUGAACUGUGUGUGUGAGCCUUGGUAGUUUUUAGUCAUGCUCUGAUCUGCUGUCUUAUGGGGAUCCACGGGAUUCAAUUUUAGGGCCACUGCCCUUCUCUUUGUGGUUGCUACCUCAGAAAGCAUGGGAUUUCCUUUCAUUUCUAUGCUGAUGAUAGUCAGAUUUAUAUGCCACUUAAUAAAGACGCCUUUUACUUAAACCUUUCCUUAAUUGCUCUUAUUGUGUCUCGAAGACAUUAGAGCCUGAGUGCCCUUGAACUUGUUCAACUUUAAUGAAAAGAAAACCAAACUAAGGGUGUUUGGUCCCAGUGGCCCUUGUAAAUACACCCCAUUGAUUUGGACCCCUUGCCACAUUUUGAGAAGCCAACAGUCUCAACCUUGGGCUUUAAAUUGGACAGUGAUUUUAAAUUGGAUCUGCAAAUUGGUCCGGUAGUGAAGUCUAGCUUUUUUUUCAUGUGAGGGAGCUGGUCUGCCUCUCUUAGCUGCUGUAUCCCAACACUCCUGCCCCGUACCUCAGGCGAGCUGACCAGCUGUUCCUGGAGGUAUUGAAGUCAAAGCGAAAGCUCAGAGGGGAUAGUGAUUUUUCUUUCGCUGGUCCCAAACUAUGGAAUGACCUCCAGUGCACAUUAGAAAAGCCCUUUGUUGUCCAUUUUUAAAACCUGCCUUACAACCAAUUUUUAUUCCCUGGUGUUAAACACAGCAAGAGACUUGAGCCAAUAUUGUGUCAUUUGUUUUUAUUGGUUUUUGCAUUGUUACGGUUUAUUUGUUUUAUCCUUGAAAACAAUGCAAAUAUUAAUUGCUAUUACAAAGUAUGCCAGGUUUUAAUUUGUGGUUUAAAUAUAAUAGUAGCUUUUCAAUUUUUUUUAUUUAUUUAUUUUAAUUUUUUUACCCUUAAAACGAUGGUGAGAAACAGCCCAGAUUUGUAAUUGGGUAAGAAUGAUUCAUAUAAUUAACUCCUUGCAGUGUAGCAAUUACCUGUAUAUUGUGUUUACUGUUGACAAAACUUUGAAUUAAAAAUAAUA